GUUCAACACAAUGGCAUCGACAGCCCAGUACGCUUGUGGGAUCUGCAGGGAGCGUAAAGUCCGGUGUGAUCGCGCGCUUCCAACAUGCAAGCGAUGCAAUCGUCUCAGUCAACCAUGUGGCUAUCAAGUGCACUCGCGUCGCACACGCGACGAUCAGCUCAAACAGCUCCAGGAACGGCUGGCCAAGACGGAGGCCCAGCUUGCUCUUACCGCGCAAGAUCUCUCUACAACGACUACACCGCAUGCGCAACCAGCUCCUAUCUUGGGGCAAACGGCUGCUAGCACGCCGAUGGAUCUGGAUAGUACCAGAGAGAUGAAUGCAGUCGUUGAUGCGCCAACAAAUGGCUCAUUUGUUCCGGACGUUGAUCUUUUUACUUCUUUUGCCCAAGACAUGGACUCCAACAUUACGUUUGACUGGAUGAAUCAGCCGCUGACGGCACUCGAACCAAUGGAUGAUUUACUUCUCAAUCAGCCUCAGAAAGCGUCCCAAAGCGGCCCAGAAGAGGUCUUAUCUCCAACCGAUUUGAGUUCGCUGCACGACCACUACUUCGAAUCCGUAUACUAUUCAUUUCCUUUCAUAAACAAAGAUAGGUUCAUGGUGGAGUCAACGGGUAGCGGUGGCUCUGCAGUGAAUGCUUUGGCUUAUGCUGUUGCGCUUGCGGGUUGCUCUCAUACCACCCCUGAAGACUCAAAACGACAGUCGAAAUGCCACAAUCUAGCGCGCGAUUAUGCUGAGAGAUGCGAGCGAGAAGACUGCAUGAGUGAUCUGAACUUCCUUCAAGCCUUGCUGUUGAUAGGCCGUUAUGAGGCCAUGAGCCGGAAGCUGGAGAGGAGUUGGCUGACGUUGGGACGCGCUGCUUUGCUUUGUAGGCUGUUGAGGUUACAUCGAAUGGAUGAAGCUAGUCAACAUCCGAGUGCCCAGAACGAAGAAAUUCAGAGUGGCUCUAUGUUCAGUUUACCACAUACAGAAGAUCCGGUGCUACUGGAAGAGCGACGGCGCACAUUCUGGGGCUUAUACAUACUGGAAAGCUACGUGAAAACACGUAGCGGAUUGCAGUGUCAGCUGGGAAAUGUCAAGGACUUUCGGAUCAAUUUACCAUCACCAGGGCUGUUGAAUUCGAGUUUGGAACCGCUUAAGAUGCCUUCUGUUUUAGGCGUGGGUACUGAAUCCGGUCUCGAGAUAUCGUCCUACGCAGGCUGCGUUCUAAUGGUCGAGCUGGCCUUACGCUGCUUCGAUCAUGGGCAACAACGCGACAAACCAGGCUUCUGGGAUGACUACUGCGCCCUUGUCAAGAAGACCUCUGACCUCUUCAUUCUUCUCAAGCGCCAUCUCAAUGCUACGUCCAUCCGUGAAGAUCCCGUAGCCUUCAGCCUCUACAUGAACCUGCGCGCAACCGAAAUCUUCUCUCAUGAAUCAGCCAUCACAAAGAGCGAGGAACAGAACCUACCGCCGUUGAUGAUUAUCGAAAGUCAACGCCGCGCUACUGCUGCUGCGUUCCAAAUAUGCAGCGCGGUAAGCCUUAAUCUGCCGUCGCCGCAGAAGGCAAACAGCGAUAUUAUCAUGUUGCAAGCCGUCUUCAUUGCUUGGCCUUUGACUAUGGCGCUGACAGCAUUGCAUCGCGAACUCGCCAAUGACGGAUCAAAGGAGACUAUGACUGGUGUUGUGGCUUCAACGCGUUUACUCUUCGCGGCUCUCGACCAUAUUGAAGAGUCGGACGGGUACUGGCAUCAAAGCGUGACGCAUAUUGGGGCUAAGCUGCAGGACUGGGUUGAGAAGAAUAGCUUGGAGUCCUUGGCUCUGUGAUAAAGUCUUGUCUUCUCUUCGGUCCAUAUGGCGGAAAAGCGGCGAUAUUGGCAUCACGACCGCUCAUGACUACCGCAAACACUCUAGUAAUUCACAGUUCAUCUGACCCAGAUUAGGUCUCUUCGAUGCAAUACUGUCCGUUAGGUAUUCUGCUUCUUUUUUCGUUCGUCAUCAUCUCAACAGACCAGUAUCCCCAGGAGGAAGUGGGUUGCUCGGACUCCCUGUCCGUGUCCGUGUCCGCCCCG